AUGACUGUUAAUCUCGACAACCACGACGCUCAUCUCGACGACGGCAGCGCUAGUCUCGAUGACGGUAGUGCUUCUCCCCAUGAUGUUUUUCUUGAAGAUGGUGACGCCUUUCUCGAUGACAGUGACGCCGACCUCGAUGACCAUCAUUUGUCCAAACGCCAUAUAAGAUCUUCUGCUAAUUGUGGAAGGUGUGGGUACCCUGAAGAAACAGUAAUGCAUUGCUUAUGGCAGUGUCCAAAGGAUAAACAUAUGUGGAAAUUAACUUGGUUGAGGUCAGUGGUGAAGAUAUGGAGUGAGCCUUCUUUUAUUGAUCUAUUGUGUCAUGUUGCUGCAAAAGGAGAGCUACAAGCUUCCAAGUUGUUCCAUAAAGUAGUAGAGUGGAUAAAGGAAUGGUCCAUUGCAAAUGUAAACGACCAGAAGCCUUUGCAAUCUAGCGACAAUGAUGCAGAUUCGUUAAUUUGGGAGGCUCCUCCUCCUAGUUGGGUGAAGCUUCACUUUGAUGGUGCAUGUGAUGUAAAAAAUGGAAGAGUUGGUAUAGGUGCAGUAGUUCUUGAUGAAUUUGAAAGGAUGCAGGGUGCAUUAGCUGUUCCUGUUGAUGGGACACUUAGUCGGUUAGCAACAGAAGCUGCAGCUUUAAGGUAUGGAAUUCUUUAUUGUAAAGAGUUGGGUUUUACAAGAGUUGAGAUUGAAGGUGAUGCCUUGAAUGUGUUGAAAGCUUUACACAGUAAUGGCUUUGACUUGAGUGAGAUUAGGGCUAUUAUUGAGGGUGUUAAACAUGUGAUGGUAGAGAUGGAGAUAGUUAAGUGGAAGCAUGUUAGGAAAAAGUACAAUUAG